AUGACCAACGAACCCAAGCUCAGGAUCGCCGUAAUAGGCGGCGGGAUUGGCGGGCUGACAUUGGCCGUAUCCCUGCACAAGCUCUGUGGAUCCCGCGUCGAGGUCGACAUCUACGAGGCUGCACAGACAUUCACCGAAAUCGGCGCAGGCAUCGGUCUCUGGCCGAGGGUCUGGGAGAUUAUGGAGACACUCGGCCUUUCCGCUGACCUCGCCGCCAUCUCUAGUAGCGAUGCCGGGGAUGCAGGACAGUCAAUCGAAAUACGAAAGUCUGACUACACCGUGGAUGGGGGAUCACCCUCUGAGGUUCCAAGGGGUGCCUACUCGCAAAUCGGUGGUGUCCGACCCUUCCAUCGCGCACGGUUUCAGGCGGUCCUUGCCGCGCAUUUUCCCGCAGACCCCUCCUACACAGCGCACUUCCACAAGCGUCUCGCGUCCUACACGGUCCCGUCCGCCGGGUCGGCACCCAUCGAGCUCACCUUUACCGACGGCUCUCAGGCUGUGUGUGACCUCGUCGUAGGGUGUGAUGGUAUCAAGUCCGUUGUCCGCGGUGUGCUCUAUCGUGACCGCACGCUGGCUUACCCCGCGGACUCCGAGCCGGUCUGGAGCGGGACGGUGGCGUACCGCAGCCUCAUCCCGCGUGCUGUGCUCGAGAAAGUCAAUCCGGAGCAUCCGUGUUUGUCACAGGUCGUCUUGUUUUGUGGACAGAACAAACACAUGACUGGCUUCCCGAUGGCCCAGGGCACGCUCAUCAACAUCGUCGGCUUAGUCUCGCAGCCAGAGCGGGAGGGAACUAAGUACGACGGUGCAUGGGUCAAGGAGGUACCGAAGCUGGAGUUACUCGACGCGUAUGCCGGCUGGGAGCCGAUGAUGACACAAUUACUCAACUGCGCAGAAAAGGUCACGCUGUGGGCAAUCAACACCAUCCCUCACCUACCAACGUACGUCGGGGAACGCGUUGCACUAGUCGGCGACGCGGCACAUGCGAUGACCCCUCAUCAGGCUUCUGGAGCGGGCCAAGCAAUCGAGGACGGCUUCGUCCUCGCUAGCCUCCUCGCAGACCCGCGCGCGACCCGCGAGACGCUCCCGCACGUGCUCCAGGCGUACGACGCCAUCCGCCGCCCUUUCUCUCAAGACAUCGUGCAGCGCUCGCGCACGUCCGGGAUGCUCUACGACUUCCUCCUCUCGCCGUCCGAGGCUGGCGGCGACGCGGUGGGCGUGGCGGGGGACUCGGCGGCGGAUGACCUUGCUAGGAGGAGUGCACUGGCGCAACAGCUGAUGUUGUGGACGAACCAGACGUCGAUUAUGGGUGACAGGGAUCGCGCCUUGCAAGCGUUGGAUGCCGCUCUCACGGUGGAGUCUACAUAG